AAAGAAAAAAAAGAGCAACGCUGUUCACUCGGAAAAAAAAAACCCAAAAAACCAGAAAGGCGAACUGCCACAGUGCCACGGGCCCAACAAGUUGAGUGAUGCCCCGUCAAUGUCGCCGGGAAGCCAAGAAAAGCAAAGCAAACCCAUUGGUUUCCCUCUUCUCAUUUCCACCCCUGGUUUCCUCCCCUUCCCACUUCUCCUCCGAAUCGCUGCGCUUUUUAGUUUAUUUUGCUCGCACUCAGUUCUUGGAAAGAGAGGUGGUCGCAAUGGGAGGAGGCGGAACGCUGAUCUCGGUUUACCCCGAGGAGCUCACCUUCUUAUUUGAGCUGGACAAGCCGUGCUAUUGCAAUCUCAAGGUGGUGAACAACAGCGAGCACCAUGUCGCAUUCAAGGUCAAGACAACAUCACCGAGGAAGUAUUUUGUCCGGCCGAACGCGAGCAUCGUACAGCCUUGGGAUUCUUGCACUAUAACGAUUACACUCCAGGCACAGAAAGAGUACCCACCAGACAUGCAGUGCAAGGAUAAGUUCUUGAUUCAGAGCACGAAGGUGGCUGCCAGUACCGACAUGGAUGAGAUCCCCCCUGAUACGUUCAACAAGGAUGUUGAUAAGGUAAUUGAGGAAAUGAAGCUUAAGGUUGUUUACACAAUACCCAGUGGAGGCUCAGACGACUCUGGUGCUACAUCUUCAGGAAACAGGAGCUUCAAAGCGGCGUCUGAUGAUCUGACGAUGCUGAAGAAUGCAAGCAUUGACGAGAUCCAGACAAUUCAGCGCCUGAAGGAUGAAAGAGAUAACAUGCUUCAGCAAAAUCAGCAAAUGCAGCGUGAAUUGGAUGUGCUCAGGAGGCGUAGGAGCCGCAAAGGUGAUGCGGGCUUCUCCUUGACGUUUGCUGCCUUUGCUGGGCUAAUAGGUCUUCUGGUCGGGCUCCUGAUGAGCCUCAUCUUCUAUUCCCCACCGGGCAGUGCUUAGAUGCAAAGGUUGAGCAGCUAUGUUCAGAUCGACAUCAGGACGAUGUCGGGGAAAAAAGAUGGAAAUUUCUGUUGUAGUCUCCAUUAGUUGUUAUUCUUUUGUUCUUUGCGUUGUAGCUACGUGAAACGAUAACGGGUUCCAAUGUUUGCGCCCGUGCUUGCUUCAUCUUCCAUUUGCAUUUGCCCCUCGUUUGUAAUUCUUUCUGUAUUAGUUCGAUAUAUAUCAGGACGAAAGCUGUAUGCAUUCACCGAUUGGAAAUGUAAAGAGAAACUGAUCGUGGUGAUAUCAAGAAAGAAUGUUGAUGCCUA